UUGUCAACCUUUCUAGAAGCAAUUGGAGUUCCAUGUUUCUUCUUCUAUGAUUUUAGGAGUUUUGCUGGGACCUAGACAAACCUUGUUAUUUUGAGAUGCUCUGCACCAGCCGUCCCCUGCUCUUCGCAACCUUUGUCUUCUUUCUUCAUACACUUGGAGCAACAGAUGCUCUUCGGUGUCACUUAUGUGCAACCACGAAUCCAUCACAACCUUGUGAAUCACAACUGACUUGUGAAGACAACGGUGAAGAAGCAACAUGUACUUCCACCAAAUUCUAUCAGGAUAAAGAGCUACUUUUGACAACACGAGAUUGUAGAACAACCAAAGAAAAGUGUGGUACUACACAUUAUCAACCAAACACUAACUAUCAUGCUGAAAUCAGCUGUUGCAAUGAAGACCUUUGCAAUGCAUAAACCUAGAUGAGUCUGAAAAUCACCCAAAGAUCUGUACAUCCUUCCCUUUGUAGUUGCCUUCUUUCUAAUUCCCUUCCCUGGUUCUAUUAAGUGAGAUUAUGGCUAUCUAAAAUUAAAGCUUUCAACCAUGGCAAA